GGUUAUGAACUUCCUAGUUUAGGCUCACUUUAUGUCAACAAAGCGGCGGAGUUCAGCUAACGCGACGUGGACCUGAAUCUCCGCUCCGUUUCCUUCUUUAGUCCCGUUAAAAGUGUUUUUGUCCCGUCAGAAUGACUUUUCGCGGACUUCUCUCAGUGGUUCUGGUUCCGGUAUGCUGGCUGUUGGUGUCCCUGGCGAAGGAUGUUCCAGAGACCACUGCCGCCGCUGGCAGCACCGUGGCGCCCAGACCCGCGUUGACGAACUCCAGCGGGGUGAACUCGACAAAGAGCAGCCCCAAAGGGCCGUUUGACGGCCUAAACGUGGACAGCUCCAUGAUCCAGCGGGCCCUGUACGUCCUCAUCGGCAUCACCAUGAUCGGAGUGCUCUACUUCCUCAUCCGAGCUGUGCGGCUGAAGCGGCCGGCGCCGAGGAAGAAGUACGGUCUGCUGUCCAACUAUGAUGACUCUGUGGAGAUGGACGGGAUGGAGAGCGAGGAGGACGACACACUGUAUGAAGCUCGCAGCCUUCGCAGAUGAGUCUGGCUCAGACGGGGUGAUCGGCUCGUAUUGAUCAUGGAGGCAGAGAGAGGACUGACCAAUGAAUGCAGGAGGAGAAACAUGGACCAAACAGUUAUUGAAGACAAACGCCAAAGCUGCCCGACUAACCCGAGCAGGAUAAUCCUUAUUUUUCUAAGAUGGUUUUGGAUGAUGUGACAGUUCUGUGGAGAUUUCCUCUCUUUGUUAUCACUGCUAUUAUUAUUAUUAUUAUAUUAUUAUUGUUGUUUCAUA